CAUUCAUUUCGGCGAAUCUGAGCUUAUUAGUAUGAGCAGAUUUUAGACCUCUGGAAACGAGGAUUAUUUUACACUUGUUCAGUUUACUAUGUAGAAUAUUGUUUGGCAUCAAACAAAAUUUAUUCAGUUCAACCAUGAAGAUUGCUAUGGGAUUGCAAAUUCUCCAAAUAAUUGUGAGUAUCUCUUUUUCAUUUGCAGCCAACUUUACGGAACCCAAUAAGACUUUGGAAACAACCGUAAGCACCUUAAAUCCUGAAGAAGUUGAAAAAUUUGGAAAACUUUCGGCAGAAUGGUGGAGUCCGUCUGGCCCGUUGAGAUCAUUGCAUGCGAUGAAUUCCAUACGAGUUCCGUAUAUCGCCAGCACAUUAAAUUGUUUGCGAGACGGAAGAAAAAGAAGAAUUCUGGAUAUUGGCAGUGGGGGUGGCUUUCUUUCGGAGGGGUUGGCCGAGCAUUUUCAAAAUUUAGGAUGGAGCGAUACCGAAAUAGAAAUCGUUGGACUGGAGCCCAACUCAGAAUUGGUUAACAUUGCGAGAUCCCAUCUUCCCGAAAAUCUUAAGGGGAAAGUCAAUUAUUUUGUUGAUACUGUUGAAAAUUACGUGGUGCGCAAUCCCAACCAAAAUUUUGAUACUGUCGUCAUGUCCGAAGUAAUCGAGCAUGUGGAUAAUCCAGCAGAAUUUUUAAAAUAUGCGGUCAGAGCGGCAAAGCCAGGUGGAUCGAUAUAUUUGUCUACUCCGGGAAAAUCCGUAUUUUCUUGGAUGACUUUGAUUCUUUUGAUGGAGCACGUGCUUCGAAUCUUUCCAGUGGGAACGCAUAACUACGAUAAAUUAAUAGAUUUGAAUGAUACCCUAGCAAUGCUCAGAGAAAACAAGUGUGAGAUAAGGGAGGUUCGAGGCAGCCUGUAUAACCCUCUCCUUAACGUGUGGCACUGGAACGAUUUAUUUAUCCCUGUGGCGUAUGCGGUGCAUGCUGUAAAAUCCAAUUAGCGCUUUUUUAUUAUGACACAGAAGAAAUGUACAAUUUAUAACUUGUGAAAUGCAAUCAGUCAGCAUGGAAAAUGUCGAAACUUCGAGUAAAUGUGGAUGGAACAAUUAAUAGGGGUGAAGAAAUGUCAUGUAACAUAUCUCCAAAAUAUAAAACUGGUAACGUUACUAUCUA